CGCCCGUGCUCACUUCCUGAUACACCUGUUUGUCAGGUAGGAGUUAACCUACAGUCACAAGGAGCAGCAGAGAGUCUGAGUCAUGUCAGGACCGACUAUGGACUCUGCCGUACCCAAGUUCUGACUUUUUUUUUUUUUCUGUUUUCUAUCGUCACGCGAGUGAAGCUGUUUUCCCACAUUAAAAUGCGUCGAUUAUGUGGAGGGAUUGUUGCUGUGGACGGCGUGUCGUCGUCGCCGCCGCCGCUGCUGCUAUUCUGUGUGCUCUGGUGUUUGGUGCCUUGCCUGGUCUCCUCCAUCACAGUGAAUUCACCAGCAGAACUGCAUGCAUCUAAAGGGGACACUGUCGAAUUGUCCUGCACUUUCACUUCUACCAGUAGGCCAACCAGUAAGAUGACGGUCGACUGGUCCUACAGGCCCCAGAGUGGAGGGCCACCACAGACAUUUUUCCAUUUCUCUUCACGGGCGUACCUCCCACCUGAUGGUCAGUUUGCUGGUCGUAUUCAAUGGCAGGGGAGUCCUGCACGCGGCGAAGCCUCCAUUUCUCUGGUCAAUGCCACACUGAACGAUAACGGGACCUUCACAUGCUCAGUCAGAAACCCUCCCGAUGUCCACGGGUCCCCGACUUCGCACACUGUACUGACUGUCACACCAAAAGCCGCCAGUGUCCGCUUCUCCGAUGUCACCGUGCUCCUCUUCUUCAUCAUCGUGCCUUCUGUUGUCAUCACCCUCAUUCUGAUUGGACGGAUAAUCUGUCCCAAGAAAGAGCGCGGCCAGUCGAAGGCCUACAGAUCACCCAUAGAGGUCACGGAGGGGGAGGAGUACGCCGUCACCCCCUCAGCGGCUCAAGCGAAGAAGCUGACAUGCUGCGACCUAUAUUUUAUGGACUCGGAGGAUGAAGAAGCGUAUUACAACCUAAAGAAGAGGCCUCCCAUAGAUGAAGGCUAUGCCGAGUCUCAGUGCUAGAGAACCCCUUUUGGACCUACUUGUGCUUUUCAAAACACGUGAGGUCAAGAAUGUAAAUCCAAAUGCUGGAGUCAUGUCUUCUGUGCCACGGUCAAACAGUCACGCAGUUACGUUGGUGAUGUUUACUUUGUUGACCCUCCAUAUUUGUUCGCAUGCUCCUAAAUUUCUGAAGGCUUCCGAUGAACCAGUUUGCAGUUUUUAUACCAGUUAGUACCUCAGUACCAGCAGAGGUAUUAACUCCUCAGUGUGAGAGCUUUUGGUUUUGAUUUAUUUGACGUUAUUUCUUUUUUUUUGUGCCUGUCCAGCAUAAUUGGGUGUAAACCGACCCACAACAGGCAAACGCAAAGACCUCGUUCAGUCCUGGUAUUAACAUCUGUCCUCAAGGACCCGAUCAUGGCCAAAGUAAAGGUCUUGAAUGAGGUCCUGAUGAGUCCUGAAUGCAACCUCAGAUUUGUGGUUUGAGGCUGCAUUUGUCCACAUUCCUGCGCGUGUAAAAACGCGAUGCGUCCUCAGGACAAACUAGAGAUGCCUCCUCUGCUGAUGACGACUGACCAGCAGUCAGACUCUUAUUAGCCCUCAUACAUUCGUUUAUUUGCAGGCACCACAACAAUGUUAUCUCUGAACACCACAUUUUUUUCCUAAUAGUUACAAUUUCUUUAGUGCAAGGAGAUCUACUAAAGCUCCUCUCAUCUCACUCUCUCUCUCUCUUUGUCAGACACGCGCACAACACAAAAUAAUGUGCUGACAGUCAGACUUGUUAGAAAACAUUAUUUUCGUCUCGCAUACAGUCAUCACGUUGGCGUGUGUUUGAAUAUUACAUAAUACAGGAGACACAUCCAGGACCCAUUUCGCUAUCUGGUCGCAAUGUGAUCACUGAUGUUAAUCCCAGGCCUGAACAGGGCCAAGCACAAAAGCACUAUGUAUAUUUUUUAUACAUCUUGGAUGAUUUAAAAUGUUUGACUUUCUUGUUGUGAAGGAGAUAAGAUUUUGUUAGGUCUAAUUUAUUGCCUGUGUAAAAGUGUGGCUGUAUGAAAUCUCUUUGUUGAGCUGCAGUGUAUUGUUUCUGUUCCAUUCUAAAUAUUUUGUAGUUAAAAAAAUCAAUUAUAUAAUGUGGAACAUUAGCUUUAAUCAUGUAAUAAUAUUUAUACAUAACUGUACAUAAAGGUAUACGUUAAAUAUGUCUAUUCUUAUAUUACAAUAUAAUAUAGCAGUAGUAAAUAUGUGUGUAUUUUGGAUACAUAGCUGGUUUGUGUUUUUUUUAGAAACGUAAAUAAAUAGUUAUUAAUAAGCAGAUUAUUGUGGUUUUAAGAGAAAGAACAUGAUUUGAAAGAUGCUUCCAGUGAGUUGUUGAUAAGAAUUUGUUAAUUUGAUCAUGGUUUAGAAGGAGAUACAAUUUUUGAAAGCUCAUAGCAAACCACCAUUUUUCCCUCUGCUGUCUCUUUGUUUAGUCUUAUGCAGUAUUUAUGAAUGGGUCUCUUCCACUAUUUAUGAAUGUUCUUGAAUAUUCCUUAAAAGGCUCAGGCUGGAGUCGAAGAGCGUCAUUGCGGCGGCAUCUGUCUCAUCUAUGCAGUCGUGGGACCAGAGAGAUUUAUACAAAGUAAAAAUAAUCAAAAGCCUCCAUUGAAACACACAGAAAACAAUAGGUCUUCAUUCAGUCUCAUUUCUUUUCUGUUUCUCAUUCCUCUCAUUCACACUCUCAGCGCUUUUAAUAAUUCACACGCAGCUAUGAUGAAAACAUCAUCAUUCCCGCUUCAUCUGAACUACCAUGGUAACGACCUACUGAUGUCGGGCGGAAGAAAUAUAGCUUUUUCAGCCAAUAUAGAUCUUCUAAAUCAAUUCUUUUAGGGAGGAAUUAUGCAGAUUUUUAUUGGCCCCCCGAUGAUUGGAUAUAAUGUUAUUACAACAUGGUUUAUCACUGACGUUUACUGUCUCUGAUUCCAGUGUUUGUUUGCAUUUUCAGCUGAGAUCGAAAUCAGUAAGUGUUCAAAAAAAAAUCACAACAUUGAAAUACAAAUGUUUUCACAGCCCGGUUAUUAUUUUUAUUUAGUCACACAUGGGAAUAUGUGGGAACCGUAAAGUUCAGAAAAUGAUGAAUAAUGUUAUCAUUUUGAACCCGAGGCAAUAGAACUCACAAGCUUGAGUCUCCUAAUACUAAAAAAAAGAGUGAAUUUGUUGGAGCUGGCCGAGCGUGAUGGCUUUGCAGUGUCAGUGAAUUGCAAUUGUAUUAAUGUUCACUGCAAACGACUGAUUCUUUGCUGCCCCAUGUGGCCACUUGCACAGUAUAUUUCAGUUUUCCAGGUUCCUGUUAAGCAGAAAAGACUACCAGCGACUUUAUACCACAAUCGUAUUUUGGUCUUGGAUCCAUGAAGAAUGGCAGCUCAGUGCAGGUAGCUGGUGUGCUUCCUCGGCAUCAAACAGAUGCUGAAGGCAUCAUUUGGUGCUGACGUUGCUACUCCAUCAACCCCAUGAUCUUUUUCCUAAGCGCUGUGACAGAACUUCACAUUGAAACACUGAGCUUUCGUAUGUGAUAGACAUGCAUCUAUACUGUAGCGCUGUUUUCUGUGCCACUUUUAGAUGGCUUAAGUUGUAUUUGUGCAGUCGUACAACAAAUGGAUUUGUGCUAUUUUUCUUUACACUCCACAAGCAAAGAUUUCACAGAGAUAUUUAGUAGUGGCUUUAUUGCGAUGCUUCCCUCUCACUUUUCUCUUAUCACAUUGUUGUUCUCAUUGAUUAUCCACUGUGGUUUUUUUUCUCUCCCCAGCAAUGCUCAAUAAAAUCUGCUGCUCACUGAA